CCCUCUUGUGGAUUUCUCCAAAAGUAUAAGACUUGUUUUCUCCUCACUUUAUAAUCCAACCAGAACAAACUUCAAAAUUUCAAACUCAUAAAUCAAUAUCUCACCCUCAUCCACCCAUUACUCGAUUUCGAAAUAAACGAAACAUUUUUCUUAAGAAGCUCUCAUAUAUAAAAAAAAAGAGAUGAUGUAUGAUUUGUUUUCUCCUCACUAUAUAAUCCAACCAUAAACAUACUUCAAAACUUCAAACCCAUAAAUCAAAAUCUCACCAUUAGUCCAAUACCAUGCAAGAACAAGUCCAACUUUUCCUCAAAAUGCGUCGUUUUUUCAUGCAACCCAAAAAACCCACCAAAAAACAGCCUUUACCACAUGAUUUUAAUGAUCAUAAAGAUCAAAACAAUAAGAUUCAAAGUGAUUUAGGAGAAUUAAACGAAGAAAAAACAGAGGAUUUCCAUGUUGUGCAAGAGAAAACAGAGAAAAUUGACAAAGUUAUUGAAGGUGUAGUGUUGCAAAGAGCUGUGAAAGAGCUAUUGUUUGGGAGUUGUGAAGAGAGAGAAAAUGCAGCUAAGGAAAUUAAGCGUUUGGCGUUAGAAGAUGUUAAGAUGAGAAAGAGUUUAGGCGAACUUGGUGUUAUUCCUCCUCUGGUUUCUAUGGUGGAUUCCGGUGGCGGUUGUCGACGGCAAUUGGCUGUUCAAGCCUUAACUAUGCUGUCCGAUGGCAGUUUCACGAACAAGGCUCUAAUACUAGAGGCUGGAAUCUUAACAAAACUACCAACAAAUAUUGAAGAAGUUGAUGAACACUUAAGACAUGAUCUUUCACAACUACUCUUAUCAAUAUCUUCACUAUUCAACUCUCAAUACUCUUUCAACCAAUCCACAUUGUUUUCCUUCCUACUCAACAUUCUUCAAUCAAAUUCAACCACUGAAAAUUCCAAAGAAGCAUGUCUUGGCACUCUAUACAAUCUCUCCAUUGUCAUAGAGAAUUCAGGUCCAUUGAUCUCGAAUCGAGUCGUGGACAUUCUCUUAAGCUUGCUAUCUUCAUCAAGGGAAAAAAUUUCAGAACAAGCUCUUGCAACAUUAGGCAACUUAGUUGUAACUUUGAUGGGUAAAAAAGCCUUAGAAGAUAAUGUGACUGUGCCUGAAAGUUUGAUAGACAUACUAACAUGGGAAGAUAGGCCUAAAUGUCAGGAGUUUUCAGUAUAUAUACUGAUGAUUUUGGCUCAUCAAAGCUCUAAACAAAGAGAAAAGAUGGCAAAAUCAGGAAUUGUUCAUACUUUGCUUGAAGUUGCUUUGUUGGGGAGCCCUUUAGCCCAAAAAAGAGCUAUGAAGUUGCUUCAAUGGUUUAAAAAUGAAAGGCAGGUUAAGGUUGGACCACAUUCUGGGCCACAAACUAGGUUUGUUUCGCCGGGAUCGGCGAUGAGUGAUGGAGAAACUAGUGAGGGGAAGAGGUUGAUGAAGAAGAUGGUACAACAAAGUUUACAUAGGAAUAUGGAGGUGAUUACUAAAAGAGCAAAUGCUGAAGGAGAUACCUUAAAACUUAAGUCUUUGGUUAUUAGCUCAAGUUCUAAGAGUUUGCCUUACUAAAUAGCACUUAUCUUUAAAGGAUUUUGGUAUUGGAACUGUGGGAUUCAACAAUGGCUGGAUAUGCACAUAGUUUGAAAGCUUUAGUAUAUUUCUCUUGCUCAGAGAAAUCUAAAAGUGGGAGGAGAUUAUAGUUUCUUUUAAAGAAGACUUGUGUAUUGUUUUGGUUGUAAAUUUCAUCUGUUGAUAUGACAUACAUUUCAUGUUUUUAUCUUUUUGAAUAAAUAUUUUAGCGUUCCUAUUUGAUUAUGUUAUGAAGAAUAUUAUAGUAA